AUGUCAACUGCAACUAAAGGAUAAUUAAAACCUAACUCAGCCAAUGGUGCUGCUACAGUGAAAGAAGUUAUUUCUCAAAAGUCUCAAUUCACAUUCUUAAUGAUAGGUAUUGUAGCAAUAAUAGGAACCAUUAGAUUUAUUAUGGAGUACGGAAGUAUCAUUAAUUGGAUGCAAACUAACUUUUAGGAACCAUCUUACGGGUGGCCAUCAUUCAAAGAUUUCUACAUUACUUUAAUUUUCGGAGUAUUUUCUGUGAUAGCAAACUCAAUAAUAAAUAUGUUCACCUACAAGAUGUUCUACAAUGUGUGCAAGGAGAAGAAUAAUGAAGAUAUUAGAGUAAGCAAGACAAUCAAGUCCUGUAAUAGUCUCUAUAAGAGUAUCUACUUCAUUCUUGUUACUAUUUGGGGUUAUUAAACACUCAAGGAUGAACCAUACCUUCCAAAAGAGCUAUUUGGCAAGGGUCACCUUUAGUUUAUUAAUGAUAAUUACCCAGUACAAGUUUGGCCAGUUGGUCUUAGGUGCUAUUACCUAGGAACUAUGGGUUAUCACGUACACUAGCUAUUCGCGCACGCUCUCCACCCAAUAAGAAAUGACUUUAUAGAGAUGUUUUUGCAUCAUGUAGUGACGUUGACACUUUAUGGAGGAUCCUAUUUAAUCAAUGAAACUGCAGCUGGAAGUGUCAUUAUGUUCCUCCAUGACUGGGCUGAUAUCUUCACCAGUCUAGUCAGAUGCUUUACUGAGACCACUUUAGUCACCUGUUCAGUUGUAUCAGCAAUUGGAAUGACUGUGAGUUGGUUCUACACAAGAAUUUAUGUUUUCCCCAUGACAAUAUACUAUUCUUGCUUCGAUAGAGAUAUUUACCACGGAGCCAAAUUCUAUGGUGACAAAUACUUCGGGUCCCUGUUAAUUAUUCUCUACAUUCUCCAUGUAUACUGGUUCUUUGUACUACUCAAGAGCAUCCAUAGAUUCACAAAGCUAGGAAAGACUGAUGAUCUCCAAUAGAGAGUAGAGGCAAAGAAGACAUAAUGA